GCCAGGCCCGGGGCCGCCAGCCAUGACCUUGGGCCGAGGAGGGAUGGCUUCGGUGGUGCUGAAUGUGGGCGGCGCCCGCUACUCGCUGUCCCGGGAACUGUUGAAGGACUUCCCACUGAGUCGGGUGAGCCGGCUCCACGGUUGCCGCUCGGAGCGGGAUGUGCUCGAGGUGUGCGACGACUACGACCGUGAGCGCAAUGAAUAUUUCUUCGACAGGCACUCGGAGGCCUUCGGCUUCAUCUUGCUCUACGUGCGCGGCCACGGCAAGCUGCGCUUCGCGCCGCGGAUGUGUGAGCUCUCCUUCUACAACGAGAUGGUCUACUGGGGUCUGGAGGGCGCACACCUCGAGUACUGCUGCCAGCGGCGCCUAGACGACCGCAUGUCGGACACUUACACCUUCUACUCAGCCGACGAGCUGGGUGCGCCUGGCCGCGAGGAGGCGCGGGCUGCCAGGGGGUCCGAGCCAGCGGCUGCCAAGAAGCGCUGGCUGGAACGGAUGCGCAGGACCUUCGAGGAGCCUACAUCCUCACUGGCCGCGCAAAUCUUGGCCACCGUAUCGGUGGUGUUCGUCAUCGUAUCCAUGGUGGUACUGUGUGCCAGCACCCUGCCAGACUGGCGGGCCGCAGCUGUGGACAACCACAGCUUGGAGGAACAGAGCAGGUACACCGCCGGCCCUGGGAGGGAGACUUCCGGGAUAAUUGAAGCCAUCUGUAUAGGUUGGUUCACUGCAGAGUGCAUUGUGAGGUUCAUCGUCUCCAAAAACAAGUGUGAGUUUGUUAAGAGACCCCUGAACAUCAUUGAUUUACUGGCAAUCACUCCCUAUUACAUCUCAGUGUUAAUGACAGUCUUUACAGGAGAGAACUCUCAACUUCAGAGAGCCGGAGUCACCUUGAGAGUACUUAGGAUGAUGAGGAUUUUUUGGCUAAUUAAGCUUGCCCGUCAUUUCAUUGGCCUUCAGACACUUGGUUUGACUCUUAAACGUUGUUAUAGAGAAAUGGUUAUGUUACUUGUCUUUAUUUGUGUUGCCAUGGCAAUCUUUAGUGCACUUUCUCAGCUUCUUGAACAUGGGCUGGACCUGGAAACCUCCAACAAAGAUUAUGCCAGCAUCCCCGCUGCCUGCUGGUGGGUGAUUAUCUCUAUGACUACGGUUGGCUAUGGCGAUAUGUAUCCUAUCACAGUGCCUGGAAGAAUCCUUGGAGGAGUUUGUGUAGUGAGUGGAAUUGUCCUGUUGGCGUUGCCCAUAACUUUUAUCUACCAUAGCUUUGUGCAAUGUUACCAUGAGCUUAAGUUUAGAUCUGCUAGAUAUAGUAGGAGUCUCUCCACCGAAUUCCUGAAUUGACAUAUCGCUGCUCUCCUGCUGCUGCUUGCUCCAUGUCCGCCCAUCGAAGAAACCAUCAAGUCCUCCCCAAGAGCCUCUUGCUGGAUGAUCUUUAGAAGAUUGUCAUCAACUUUGUCGGGUAAUUGUAAUCCCGCCCAACUGAGGAGGAGAAUAUGUUGUUUAUUGAGAAAGAAAUAGGAUGGAACCUAAGGAAGAAAAGUCAUAGUGACUCUUAGAAUGACAAGAGGAAGAUUUCAGGACAUUAUUUAGACUUUAUCCUCUUUGCCUUGAAUAACUACAGAUUUCCAAAAGCACAUAUUAUUUAAAUAUUUAAAAACUUAAAGGUCCUAUUUUCCAAAUGUGUUUCAAUGCUUGUACUCAGAAAAGAAAGUUUGGAAUUUAUAGUAUUCUGGUUGGGGGGGGAAGCAUUCUAUUUCCUGAUGGUGUACAGUUUUUUACAUCAUUGUCAGGAGUAUCACAGAAAUAUGUGCCGCAUGCAAGAAUGGCUCAAUGCAUACUAAAGAGAUUUGGCUAAAAAUUUUAAGCUGUUGAGUGAAGCUAUAAGCAAACAGGGAUCAUUUUUGACUCUUCAGCAUCUGUCUCAAUUUACUAGUUACAUUUUGUUCUUAUUAUAAUACUGUAUAUUAUAGCUUUAUUGAACUUUGAAUAUUAUAUUCCUUUAUUGUCCAGAUGGAUUUUUCUUUUAAUUGUUUCCAGAUAUAUCUGUCCACAUAAGUUACUUAAGAGCAAAAAGAACUUCCUGGGUUACCCUCUCAUUAGAUCAUAUCCUAACAAGUUGAUGAUAUCAAAGGGUUUUUGCCCUAGUAGAUAUUGUGGCCCAGUGAAAAGAGUGCUGAAGCUGGAGUUAGGAGACCUGAGUUCCCAUCCUGCCUUAGACACUUAUUAGUUGGGCGACCAUAGCUGGAUCACGUGGCUUCUCAAAGCUUCAGCUUCCACAUUGCUAAAAUGGGGAGAAUGAUACGUGUACUAUCUAUCUCACAGGGUUGUGAGGAAAGCACUUUGGAAAUCUUCAAGCAUCAUACUGAAUUUUUAGGUGUCUGCAUAAGGCUUUGGUUCCAACACUGCAAAUUUAAUAGAUUGAGUUUGAUCAGUAGUGGAAAUGCAGCAGUACAUUAUCAGUGGGUAUUCGGCUCCAGCUAAAUACAAAUGCAUGUGGGUACACGUGCGCGCGCGCAUGCACACACACCCCUAUUGUGCUAUUUUAGAAAAAAACUUUUCAAACUCUAUGCUGAAUGUAAUUUCAGAUGAAGUGACAUUAGUAAGUAGCACUUCAGGCCAGUUAACUAAGAUGAUGUUUCUGUGCUGCCGAAAUUUAACAGUUUUCUAAUCAGAACUUUUUAUUCAAUUUUCUUAAUGAUUGAUUUCUGUGUAAUCAGUUGAACUGCCUGUGAAAUAAGACUGACUCAGCUAAGACAGCUGAAAAGUAUGAAACUUUUCUUUUCAUCUGAUAUUUUAAAUUGUACAGAUAGGCAUAAACAUGUUGACUUCUGUCCAGUGGAAGAUACUGAUAAAUAUACUCAUUGGGUUCAGUAGUUUUUAGACCUAAGAAAGUAAAACUGAAUAUUACUAUGUUAGUGAUGUUUCUGUGCCUCGAUAUAAUAAUACAGCUCCAAAUAACUAGUUUGUUUUUGUAAUCAUUACUCCCAUCAAGAAACUUGGACUACAAAUCACUAACAGCUAAACUAAUGGAGACACUAUUAAUUUAAAUGUGAUACAUAAUAUUAAUUUUUUUUAAAGUAGGCAAAAUAACUGGCUCAAAGUAAAGACUUGGACAUGAGGGUUUCAUAAAGGAGCAUGGUAAUUAAAUUUACUAGUACUGUCCAGGGUCAAGGAACAGUUCCUGAUUUACUCUCAUUGUUCCUAAUUGUAGCCUGUCCCUAAAGUUAUCUUUGAAUCUAGUGAAAAGUCAUGAGAUUAGCCCUACAGGAGUCAUGUGAUGUUUUUUAACCCUUUAGUUAUCAAUCCUACCUUCCUAGAAUUUUCACUGGUAUAUCACACUUCUCCUACCUCCAUUUAAAUAUUCUGAUUUGUUUCAGCUACUUUUGAUUUGACUGUACUCAGAGUAAGGUACAUACAUUUUGUCUUCUCUACUUGGAAUGAAGACUUUAGGAAUUUACAUGUAGAUUCAUGGAAACUGAGUUAAUUAGAGCAAACCCACAUCAACUGGGGAAAAAAAUCUGAGCAUCUCUAAAUUUAAUUGGCACUAGAAACUUUUCGUGUGUGCAUGUUAUCUCCCCAGUUGGAUUGUAAACUUCCUGGGGACAAGGACACAAUGUCUUCCAUAUUUUAGCACACAAGAUAAAAAUCUAAAGAUAGAAAUGACCUAAAAAAUCAUCUAGUCCUCCCUCCUUCCCUCACUCCUCUUUACUGGUGAGAAAACUGAGGCCUCUGAAGGAUAAGUUACUCGCCCAAGGUUGUCCAGGUGGUAGCUGGGGUUGGAUUUGAGCCUUGGGUCUUGUGACUCUGGAGAUAAUGUUCUUUCCACCAUUUCCACUGCUUUUCUUCUAUUGUCUUGCACAGAAUUAUGUUCAGUUGACUGAUUGACCAAAAGAGCUAUGUAAACAGACUAACACACUAACACAUAAGUGCACAGUCAGGAUGGCAAAUGCUGUCCUUAAAUGACAAACAAAUCCCUCAUUCAUCCCUUCAUGGAAGACAAACUUUACAUCUGGCACAAUACCAGGUUAGAUGAAAGUGCACUGGAAAUUCAUUUGGCUGUUAAUGAGAACCAAGACACGAAUUUGUUCAUGGGCUUUCAGAACAUGUGCCCAAAAGUCUGCUCACGUGAACAUCGUAUUCUUUCAGUACAGAUGCUCCUGGUCGCUUCUCACAGGGAAAUACUUUCACUAAAUGAAAUUCUCUCCCGUUCAGCUAAUUAAGGUUUAACAGCUUCUUUUCUUAGUUGAUCUUAAAGAUGUUCACUCACUCUUUUUUUUUUUAAUGAUGGAAAUGUCUUUGUAGCAUCUGUAGAGAUACUGAUGAGUCAGGUGCUAUCCUAGAUUAAGGCAUGGCCCAGGGGAAAGAUUCUUGGGUUGUGUCUGUGUGUCAGGAAAUCUGGGACUUAAUUAUUUUUCAACCACUCACAGACUUGGGUCACUGUUUACUCAUCUACAAAAUAGGAAUAAAUUGUUAGGAAAUUUCUUUUCAAAUAUUUUUUCCAAUUA